GUCCCUUAGCGUUUUUAGUUAAAAGUUAGGGGACCCUACGCUUAAGGGCCUCAACAUAAAGCCCACCGAUAAUGAUGCCCUUAGACCACCUCCAUUGGUGGGUUUAACAAGGGCUCUUAAAAAAACCAAAAAAAUAAAAAUAAAAAUGAAUAAAAAGCAGAGAAGCGGUGUUAAACAGAGGUCUUUUAGAAUUGUUAAAAACCCCUACGUGGCGUUUUCGUAUUGGCUACUCAUAAAAGACAAAAGGUCCGUCUCUCUCUUCAUCGUCCUCCAAAUCCUUCGAUGAAAUCAUCGUUGCCGGAAAAGUAUCCUUGAAGUAUCCACGAAGUUGCCCAAUUUAAUCUUCCUUAUAAAUUGAUCAAACCCAACAACUCUACUUUCGAGAGACAACGAGUUCUUCAUGAACAUCUCCGUCCUUCUUCUUCACACAGUUUCGAAGGCUCUCUCUCUCUGCUUCUGCGUGCUUGGCUUGGGACAGUGCUGCGUACCAGAGGACCUCUCUCUAUGGAGAUGAUGUUGUCAUUGUCGCGGCACAUAGGACUGCACUUUGCAAGUCCAAACGUGGCAACUUCAAGGAUACUUUUCCUGAUGAUCACUUUGCAAGUCCAAAUGGUGGCACCGUCAUCAGACCAAGAGAGUGAAAGACAUUUUUUGUCCACAUGUUUGGAGAUCGACGAUGGGAUUUUGUAGCGAAAGUGUCAGGUUUGAAUAGAACAGGGAAGAGUUGCAGGUUAAGGUGGGUUAACUACUUACAUCCUGGUCUCAAACGUGGUAAGAUGACGAACCGAUAAUGAGAUAAAGAAUUAUUGGAGGACUCAUAUGAGGAAGAAGGCACAUGAAAAGAAGAAGAGACCUAUGUCUUCAGCUUCCUCGUCUUCAGACUGCUGCUCAUCAUCUAUGACCACUGCAGCUACUCAAAAACGAACUGAUAAAGCGUCGUUACUAGCGGAAGUGAUUCAACACGUGAAAGAGUUGAAGAGAGAGACUUCAGUGGUCUCGGAGACAAACUUGGUUCCAACGGAGAGCAAAGAGUUGACUGUAGCUUUCACGGAGAAGGAAGACAUCGGAGAUGGCAGAUUCGUAAUUAAAGCAUCGGUUUGUUGCAAAGAUAGGUCGGAUCUAUUGCCGGACAUGAUCAAAACGUUGAAAGCAAUGCGUCUCAAAACGCUCAAGGCGGAGAUAACAACCGUCGGGGGACGAGUCAAGAACGUGUUGUUUGUCACCGGAAAAGAGUGUUCCGGCGAGGAGGAGAUGGAAGAGUAUUGUAUAGAGACGAUAGAGGAAGUUUUGAAGGCAGUGAUGGAGAGGAGUAACGUUGAGGAAGCAUCUUCUUCUGGGAAUGCUAAGAGACAGAGAAUGAGUAGUCAGAAUACUAUCACCAUCCGUUGAACAACAACAACAUCACAUGUGAUCACCUUUUAAUCGAGUAUUUUCGUUUGGCGUAUCUACGUGUAUGUUCUAUGGAAAUGAAUGUUGUACGUCACGUUUUACCUAGUUAUGUGUUUGUGUACGUGUGUAUGUAUAACGGAAAUAUUUGUAUCCGUUGGCGCUCGGUUUGGUACUUUGUUCUUCUUGUUUCGUUGACUUGGUUAUAUGAUUUUUUUCUCUUCUA